AUGUCUGAGCAUUCCAACACCACUGGCACAUCGACGCUUCCAGUCUCGGGCGUAGAUGGUUACAUUCAAGACGCGGUGGGGAGGAAUUCAGAUGCGGGUGUCCUCGAAUGUGAACAUGACUUUUCUUUUGUCCCAGCAUGGGUCCACAUGUCCUGGAAGACGAUGUUUUUUGGUAGUACAAAUGGUACUGCUAGGCGAAAUGGAGAAGACAUGGUCACCAUCUUGAUCGUUGUUGACUUUCGAUCCGCACAUAGUUUGCUGUCAUUGAGAACUUGGAAUGUAGGAGAGCGACUUCGCCCAACGGACAUGAUGAGUUUGUUUGCGUGUUUUGAUGCCCCUCCGCACACCAUAUUUUGCAGAUAUGCGUCUUUUGGUAAACAGGGAAGAACCGGGGAUAAUGAUAUCGAAGAGAGAAGAAGAAGCAGUCUCCCACCCCAGAAUUUAUACGUCAAUCAGGCUGGUUUCUCACGACAUAGAAGCUAUUCUGCACAUGAUGAGAUUGCUGGCAUGUUUUUCCAGUCUGUACGGGAGACCACAUACGUUGUGGUUGGACAAUCUUUGGUCAUGGCUUUCUGCUAG